AUGAUAUGGGACUAUUAUGAUGGCAAGACACUAUUCAUUACAGGGGGUACAGGCUUCAUUGGAACUGCGCUUCUGUGUCGGCUUUUAAGUCAGUCGUCCCCGAAACAAGUAUAUGUGCUAUGUCGGGGUGGCUCCGAUAAAGCAAAAGCAAAAUGGUCCAAUAUUCUUCCUCCCCCUGUCGCAAAUAUCCUCACCCAAAGCAAGCGGAUUACUAUCCUUGAUGGCGAAUUGGGAAAUACCGCGACGAUGAAUUUAUCGGAAGAGACACUGCAAAUGCUGAAACAAACAGUACACAUUGUGUUCCACGCCGCAUCAUCAGUUCAACUGCACAACUCUCUGCGAGAAUUAGCAUAUGCAGUUCUAGCACCUAGCAUUUGUCUCACACAAUAUGCCCUCAAGUUCCCUAGCCUCGAGCGCUUCGUGUUUUUCUCCACUGCAUACGCCAAUGCCCAUCUAUGGAAAGUCCACGAAUCAACCGAUGUCUCAGUGGACGAGAGAAUAUAUCCCCUCGGGAGGGAGGAGGAAGAUUAUUACAAGAUUGCACUUCAAGCAUGGAGCACAAUACAGAAAACCGGCUCAUCUGACGAAUACGACACCCAUGAUUUCCCAUGGCCAUACGCAUACGCCAAACAUCUAGCCGAACGAUUAGUCCUGCAGAAGGCAGUUGAGCGUAACAAAAUGGACAAAAUCCUAAUCAUCAGACCUUCUGUCCUCGGACCAGCUGAUAGAUUUCCAUACCCCGGUUUCGCAACCUCGGAAGGAGCCCCUUCAACAGCCUGCGCAGCAGCGUAUAUGUUACAUCCAGGUCGCCAAAUUAGACUCUCGACGCGAUGUGAAAAUCCAGACCAGGAAUCUACAAUUGACGAGGUCCCGGUUGAUGUGGUGGUGGACCGAACACUGGUCCAUGUGGCACUGGGGACGAGUGGAUGCGUUCAUGCAGUUAGUGGGGAGCAGGGUCGGUUAUCGACAGAGGAGUGGCUGCAUGCGUUCAAGAAGGAGAGGCGGAUACCUUGGAAGGCGGCGCCCUUUUGGACCACUGAGGACUGGCAUUCUCCUAAUCUCCACCAAAUGGCUCGGCAGUUUAAGAUUAUUGGGACUUCGUUUGCAUUCUCGCAGGAACGGACUGUUAGGGCUGUGGAGAAGCUAGGGGCUAGGGAGAUGGAGGAUCUUCAGUUGUUUGCUGAUAGGUCGAAGCCUUGCUCUCUGCGUUUAAGACGACAUCAUAUUUAUCACCAGGCUGUACAGGUGGCUAAGCGGAAGAAGUGGCCUGUGUGGUCUGCCAGGCUCCUAUGUCGGAAGGGAAAGCCUGUGGCACACCUAGAUCGGAAGGUAAAGGCUUGA